CAUGACCGCAGCUAACAUGCAGCUAGCCGCUUAGCAUAACACUUGAGCGAUCAAGGCACAGGAGAGUUACGGAGUGUAGCAGUCUCAGAUAUGGGGAAUACCACUCAAGUCAAUAUGUGAAGAAUACUCUGGAGUGCUUUGAGGGCUAUUCUGUGUGAAGGUACUUGUGUGACCACUUCUGAGCUGAGCACCAGUGAACAGAGGCCAUGCAUCCCUUUGGCCGUGAAGCAGAGACCUCACUGGAGGACCUAUUUUUUUACUUUAAGAAGUCUCUGCAGCAUGGAGAAUGGGAGCUAGCCAGCGCCUGUGUACCUCAGCUGGUGAACUCUAAUGAGGCACUCUCAGAAAACCUUUGGGACAUAGUCAAGUCUAUAAUCUGCCACCCAUAUGAUUUGAAAUGGCAGUCAUUGGGCAGUCCACACAAACUGGCUUGGUACUGGCUUCAGGUUUUGGAGAAAUGGUCAGAGGAGCAGGUUUCUGCUACUGUUAGAAGAGAGCUGGAGUUUUUGCUUCUUUUAGAAGAGUUAGGGUCAGAGGGCAUACCAACAGCUCAAAUCAAGGAAUUACACCGAAUAUUUACAACCCAUUACACUGACAAAACAACCCCAGAUGUUCUCAGAAAAACAAAUGCUGUGAUUGAGUCUUGUCUUCAUACAUUAUUGGACAAAAAGAGGCCAAGACUUGCGCAGUCUUUUGUGUGCUUCUUACAGUCAUGCUCAGAAGAAUCAACCCUUCAGCAACCAUUCAUCCAGCACCUCAUAAAGAAAUUGGAGGUGCCUGAGUUGAAUCCAGAGAAGAAGGAGGAGUGGGUAAAGGACAUUUGUGCUGUUCUGUCAGUAAUGCCAUGGAGCUCCAGUACAAACAAUGGACAGUUUGAAGUCUUGUGCGAGGCGUUAUGGACUGCCAGAGAGGGUCCGCUCAAAGAAGAGAGGGUCCUGAGCGCACUACUGAGGCCACAAUGUGAUACAUUGGUCUCUAUGUACUGCUCUACUGCUGUGAGGCUUCAAAGGGACCAUCUUCUCAGGACUGGACCCGAUACACUAAUUGAACUCCCUGAAGCCCAGAAACUCACACUCACUUUGUGUAGCCAUAAGGAUCGUCCCUCAAUUUGGAAAACCAUCUAUUUCGAGUGCCUUAAUAGUGGAAAACAUUUUCUUGAACAAGUUUUGGUUACUGCCCUUGACCUGAUUAAACAUGAGGAGUUUUCUCAGCUCAAAAAUUUGCUUCUCUUGGAGUUUCGGCCUUUGUCUCGCCUCAUUUUACUGCUGGGAUGGACUCAGUGCCGCAGCCUUAACUCUGGUCAAACACUGCUGAGUAUCCUCCAUAAUGAGCAGGUGGCUGCUAAUGAUACAAUUCUACAGGAGUUUGCCAAUAUUUUAUCAUCUCAGCUGGGGAUACUUGAAUGGUGUAAAAACAACAACCCGGAAAUUUCAACAGAUGCAUUAUUGGCACAACUUCACAGCCUGGACAAUCACUCGGCUCUUUAUAUUCUACAUUCCUUAAUUCCACUGGCUCAAUUUGAAGAGCACAAAAUACUAGACAUUCUAAAACAACUGCCAAAACACCAGCAAGCAACAGAUGAAACUGAGGCCAUUCACAGCUUUAAGAACUCUGGUGCCCAUAGGAACAUUGUUUUGUUCCAGGGUUUUUGUGCCAUGAAAUAUGCAGUGUAUGCCUUGUGUAUGAAUGCUCAUAAAUACACCAACUGCCCCGAGUGUGGAUCCAAGCAGCAGGAUGAAGCAUCUCAAGCAGAAAACCACCAAACCCCAGCUUCCUCUGAAGGAUGCCAAGUGGCUUUCCAGAGCUACCUGUCCGAAUGCCGGUAUUACCUAGAGGCCGUGCCUGCUGUGUUUCGCCUGGAGCUCAUGGAAAACAUCUUUUCACUACUUUUCUUAUCCAGCACAGACUUUACCCUGCCAGUUAUAAAAGAUACAACAACAUCCUCACAGGGUUCAAAUACACAAACUCUUAAUUCAACCAAAGACAGGACAGAGGAGGUUGAAGAAAGCUACAAAGAAAGUGAAAGCAUGCCACCAUCCUGUUCAACAGCGAGGCAUCAUUUGGACUUGGCACAUUUUGUCCAAGGCUGUAGGGGUUUUUUGGUGGAUGCCAGUGCCAUGGAAGGACUUCUGAAGCUGUUGAAAGAGUUGCUGGAUGCCCUGAGUGCCUUGGCGCAGCAGGAUGCUCCCCUUGUUGAUGUGGAGUUGGCAGAGAGCAUCGGCUGUUCUGUGACUCCAGACUCCUUCAUGGUCCGGCUACAGAGGCUAACCAAACGCACUGCAGAAGCUCAGUGGAGACUUCAGAUCAUCUCUUGUAAUCACAGUACAGAUGGUACAGACAGCCCUCUUCAAACCUCGACAUUUAGUUUUCCUACUUCGUCUCUGGGUCGUAGUAAAAGUUCAAGUCUGAGGAGGAGGAGGCGACAUGGAAGACACUCAAUAGAAAGGGAGAACUCAGUGGAGAAACACAAUGGAGAAGUGAGCACCAGUGCCUCAGAUGGCAAUGGAGGGUCUACAUCUACCCCAGACCUAGAGAUUUGUCCUUGUGGAGGACCUCACAGUUGGCUGGUCCCUGCCAUGUUGUCCACCCCAGAGUCUCUGCUCAUAUCGUGCAUCCGGAGAGGGAACUAUAUGGAGGCACAUCAUGUGUCUCAGAUGUUUAAUCUGGAAGCAUCUGCGUGCUGUGGAGAGCUCGUGUUUAUGGAGCAUUAUAAGAAGGUGCUGGUGGAGCUGGGGGAGGUGGAGCAGAAGAUGGAGAGUCAGUCUAUGUCUUCGUCCUCAUCCUCAGAGGGACUGGGGUCUGCGGUCCCGGCUGGAGCAGGGAGGACCAGACUGGGCAGCAGCGGGAGGACUACACUGCAGGCCAUUGGAAGUGCUGCUGCUGCUGGUGUUGCUUUCUACUCUAUCUCUGACAUAGCAGACCGCCUCUUGAGCACAGCGGCUCACCCUUUGCCCUGUUUGGAGGAGGAUUACUGGAUCCGUCAGUGCCCCUCUGAUAACUAUGGGCUCCUGUACACUUUGCUAGAGGAGCUGAGCCCGGGCGCCAUGGCAGCGUUUGACCUGGCCUGCUGCCACUGCCAGCUCUGGAGGACGUCCAGACAGCUUCUGGACACAGCCGAGAGGAGGCUCAGCACCAGUCAUGAGGACAGAGGUUUAAGAGUGGACCCCAAACUACCCCAUUCAGAGGGAAUCUGUGGAUUUCCUAUGGUUUUACAACAAAUAAACAAGCUCUUGAAUCAUUCUUCAUCUAAUAAAAGCUCCACCAAAACAGACUCUCCUGUAGAUGAGGUGUUUUCUAGUCCGUUCGGUUGCUGUGUACAGGAGGUGCUGUUGUGUUGUUACCCGACGCUUAGUGAAGAGUCCAUUUCAUCUCGUCUCACUUUGGCUCAGAGGCUGGAGUCCACUCUGCAAAUACUCAGCACAGCCACUAAGAGCACAGAGGGCACAGUAGGCAGCCCUCUCCUAGAUCUCUUGGUGGAGCAGUCCCGUCUGAAGCAGGCCGAGCUGGACUCUCACCCGGUGCGCUCCAACAUGAAGCAGCUGCUCCGCUCUCUGGACCAGCUCUGCCCCUUUGAGCCUGACGGAGCUCUCUCCAGACCCGACUAUGUCCGCAGUUUCCUCGACUAUGUCAACAUCCUGGCCUCUGUUCUAGUGCGCAGCCUUGGGACAGAUGAUAACAUUGGAGAUGUCAAACUUGGAAAUCCUCUCUUGGUGCUGCUUCAAGCUCCGUCUCAACUUCUGUCCCACCUGCUUUUUGACCGACAAGUGUCCCCUGACAGAGUACUGUCUUUGCUGCAGCAGGAGCAUUUGCAUCUAAGCGUUCAGGAGGUGAUUGUUCAGAGAUGCUGUGAGACUUUACCUGUGUGGACCUCCUUUCCAGGAUCUGACUCUGAACUAAUUCAAGACCUUAACAGAAACAGUAUUUUUGGAGAUGCCACUUUAUCACUUCUGCUCCAAGAACACAUGCAGGAACAUAUGUCUACUUUGGGAAUAACGAGGGACAGUCAAUCUGAAGUCGGGUCUGAGUCAGAAAACUCAGUGGAAGAUCAGUCGACCACUCAAAGCAGCAUCUCAAACUCCACACUGUCCCUCACAUCUUCACAACCUCCUCCAACAUCUUUCCUUAUUACCCCAGCUGCAUUAACAUUUCUAAAAUCACGCUCCCCUUUAUUAGCUACGUUAGCUUGUCUCAGUGCUAGCAAAGGAGAAGCAACCAAGACUCAAAAAUCUUUCUUCUGGAGUGACCGCAAACAGGCAGUCCUAGAUGGAGAGCAAAUCAGUAAAGAAGUUGAUGGCCUUCUAAAAGAGUUUCCUAUACUGCGGUCGUAUAUCUAUUCAAUGGUGGAACCGAUCUUGGACUUCCCAUUAGGAGAGGAGGACGAAGUUGGCCUAGGCACUGUCCUGUGUGGGAAAGCGUUAGUUAGUUUGUUGUUUUCAGGACCACAUGAAGAGAUGACACAAAAUGUGGCUGCUGAAGCAUUUAAACAAGCCCUAAUCACCAAAGAUCUGAAAAGAGCUCUAAACCUGCUGGAACUAUAUGGAUACGGCUGCAGCCAGGAGGGGGCGCUAAGAGACAGACUACUUGCCUGCGCUGCGCUUGAAGAAGGGUACAGUGGUAUCGGUCACCUCUUCCGUGUUCAGGACCCUCACCUUCGAGCCCAUGUGACCUUAAAGUCCCUGGAGCGAUGGCCCCUGACGUCCUGCCUGGAGCUGCUGGAGUUCUGCCUCAACGACCCCCUCACAGACCCACCCCUGAGAGCCCAACUUGAGCUCAAGAAGAAGGAGCUGGAUAUCUAUCACUGGAUGUUGAAUUUACAGCCACCUCUGCCCUGGGCAACUUGGCAAGAGCUACGUGUCGAAUCAAGAACAAACUCUGAGCUCUUAAUAUCUACGAUGCUGGAGGCGAAGGAGUUUGCCCUAUGUGCCCAGUGGGUGGAGCUGUAUCCUGUGUCUGACCAGUUGAGGCUAAAACUCACCACUGAACAUUUACUGCAUCUGUUGGAGAAGGGACAGAGUGACGAAGCUUUUCAGCUGCUGGAGGGCCUCUCAGAUUACUCAGUGGGGCUGGAAGUGUGUGAACAGGCCCUGGAUAAACGGCCCGGUUUGUCGGCCUGUCACUUUUUGGCCGAUUACCUCACGCUGCAUUUUGAGAGACAGGUGUCACCUGCCCGAAGGCGGCACAUACACGCUCUUCACCUGGGGUCAAAGGUGUUAUUGACCCUGCCUCCUACUGCAAGACAGGACUACUUCCCACUUCUGUCUGAGCCGCUGCUGAUGCUUGAGCAGCUGUUGAUGAACCUGAAGGUGGACUGGGCGGGGCUAGCUGUGGCUACGCUCAAGGGUCUUCUGGUGGGACAGGAGGCGGGAUUCAGCGCGGAACACAUAGAUGAGAUUUUAGCAGAAUACGCCUCCAAAGCUCUGGACUUCUCCUGUGCACCCAGCCAGAGAUCACGGUCCGACUCUGUGAUAAGCCUCCAGGAGGGUCUGCUGCAGUGUCCAGCUCAAGAUACCAGCUCCUCCUCAUCCAGCCGAGUAGAAUCCCCAACUGGAUCUACAAACAGCACGCCGACUCACACACCCUACUCAAACAGCACAGAGAAGGACAGAGACAGGGCGUCAGCAGGUAAAAAGCGCCGUCUGUCAGUGAAGUUUCAGCCUCCGGAGCAGCCUCCAGCUCAGAAAGACUGGGUCCCAGACACUCAGCACAGUGUCUGUAUGGUCUGUCAGAGAGAGAGGUUUACUAUGUUUAACCGGAGGCACCACUGUCGGCGAUGUGGGCGUCUGGUUUGUCAGGCCUGUUCUGAGAAGAAAAUGAACGUGGAAGGAUGUCCCGGAGAGGAAGUCCGAGUCUGUGAUCAGUGUUAUGCCUUCUUUCAUCCAGAAUCUGACGAUGAGGAAGAACCAGAUGAAGACCCCAGCAGUCCCAGAGCCCCAGAGGAAGAUGUGGAAGGGACACUGCAUCUUCCUGAAGUCACCCAUCGACAAAUCCAGCUAUGCACAAACCCUGCAGAAAACCAACUGCUUAGAAGUGAAUUUUACUUUGAACAGGCCCCGUGUGCACCCCUCUGCGUGGCCAUUUUGUCUCUACACAGUGACCAAAAGUUCUGUGGUCACCAGCUCAUUGCCCACUGCCGCUCUCUGUCCCAUAAACUGACCAACCCAGAGGUGGAUGCGUGUCUCCUCACUGACAUUAUGAAGCAGCUCCUGUUCAGUGCAAAACUCAUGUUCGUCAAGGUUGGACGCAGCCAGGACCUUGUGCUGUGUGACAGUUACAUAAGCAAGGUCGACGUGCUGAAGAUUCUGGUGAUGGCCAAUUAUAAAUAUAUUCCUUCACUGGAUGACAUUUUGGAGACUUCAGCGGUCACACGACUUCGUAACCAGCUGUUGGAGGCUGAGUACUACCAACUUGCAGUAGAGGUUUCAACCAAAAGUGGGCUGGACCCCAGUGGAGUGUGGCAGGCUUGGGGCAUGGCCUGUCUGAAAGGGGGAAACCUCUCUGGAGCCAGGGAGAAGUUUGCCCGCUGCCUGAAGCCCCCUGUGGAUCGAAAUCAGCUCAACCAGGGCCCACUUCUGCUACAGGAGAUCAUACAGCAUCUAGAGACCAGUGUUCGGCCUGCUACAACUACUUCUUUUGUCGAGGAUAUUUUGGCAUCUUUGUAUGAGCUGGAGGAGGCCCUGAGUGAGAGUGGUCCCAUUGAGCGAUCAGACGGACAAAAGCGAAGCAGUUCAUUUCAUCAGGAGAGUUUGUUUUACCUGAACACUUAUGGUACACACUUGGCUCUCAUCAGUUUCUACAUGCGCCACGACUGCCUGCUGGAGGCACUCAAAUACCUGCUCAACAAGGAAUGUCCAGAUGAGGUGUUUCUGGAGGGAGUGCUACAGCCCAGUUUGGAGCAGGGACGUCUUGGAUCUCUGGAGGAAGUUUUGGAAAAGCUGGACCCAGGUUUAGAAACAUGCAGCCGAUACCUCCUCGCCUCUUGUCAAGUCAUGCAACGCAGAGGACACUUUCACACUCUGUACCGACUACAACAGUUUAUGAUGGAUCACGUGCGAGCUGCCAUGACUUGUAUUCGUUUCUUCACACAUGGAGCCAGUUCAUACCAUCAGCUCGGAGAACAACAGAGCUGGUUGGUCAAAGCCAAAGAUCAUUUAAGAACAUAUCUCCAAGAGCAGCAGGGCAGAGGAGUGGGCCGGAGAAGAUCUCAAGUCAACUCCUUCAGAAAAACUAUGUCCGCUAGUGAUGUUUCAAGGCAUAUGAAUACAAUUGAGCUGCAGUUGGAGGUGACCCGGUUCCUUUAUCGUUGUGAGAUAAAAACACAACAAACCAGUACAUUAUCAGCCAAAUCUGGAUCACAGUCUCCACCUACACUGUUCGGAGGGAGUGCAAUGAAGAUUGAUGUUGCAUGCAAGGUGAUGCUCGGUGGAAAAAAUAUAGAAGAGGGGUUUGGCAUUGCAUACAGAGUUAUACAGGAUUUCCAGUUGGAGGCCCAGUCUGUCUACACGCGGGCUGGUCAGCUGCUCAUUAGACAAAGGAAAUACUCUGCAGUGAAGCAGCUCCUGAAGUGUGUAGGGGAAUCAGGAACAGCCACGAAAAGUGACUGUGACUCUCUCCUCCUUAGUUGUGUGUCCAGCGCUGACAAAGCCCCGGCCGAUGCAAAAGAGCUGGAAAGUCUCAUUCUGGAGAUCAAGAGCACAGAAAACAAGAUCAGAGCGUACCUGUCGUGCAGUAAGUUGCGACCAGCAUACCUAUUGGCGGUGAAGCUGGACUCGAGCCGUGCGGGGCCCCUGGUGCAGGACGUCCUUCAGGCGGCAGAGGAAGCCAAGGACUCUGUGAUGAUGAACAUUUGUCAACAGUGGCUUUCAGAGCACCUCAAGUCUCCCACACAACAACGUCAAGGUCGAACCAAUGCCAGGUGAAAGGAACAGAGGGGUGUGCCAGAGGUGAAUGGUUAAACUGGAUAGAAGUUAUAACAAGCCCAGAAAUACUAACGUUGCCAUUUCUUUCUAAUACGUAAUAUGAUUGGAUUGGAAAAGGACUACAAAAUAUUUUUAGUUUUCUUUGACUGACAAGGAUCUUUUGAUUUAUUCUAAAUUUGGCGUGAAAACCUACUUUAAUUGGACUUGAGUGCAAUACCAUGCAAAAAGAAUACUACAUACAUGCUUUAUCUUACCUGUCCUUUACAGCAAAUAAUUAUUCUCCCUGUCUUCAGUUACUUAUGUUUUUUUGUUGUUUUUACGUCAGAUGCCCUUUCUGCUGCAAACCUCUGUUUAUCUGUUUAGUAUUUUGAGUUCCCCUCUCUGUUAGACCUUUACUUUACAUGAUGAUUUAAAAUGUAUAAUAUCACCAAAUUGUUAUAUUUAAUGUCACUGCUUUGUUGUUCUGAAUUCCUUUAUAAUAAAUACACUCACUUAGGUGCUAAUUGGCAAGCAUGGGGUGCUCAAAAAAAUUAAAUAUUUGUAACUAACUACUAGAAUUGGUUACUCUAAAACUAUGUUAAAAAAAGAGUCUUAAAAUGUAUGAAUCACCAUAGUGCUUUACUCAAAUUUCAAAGAAGGAAAAUGUUACAAAAAAAGUAGAAUUGAGUUUAUUGUACAAAUCUGUGCUACCUCAGCCAAAAGGGAAAAGCAGAAACGUAACAAAAGUUUAAAUCUUUUAUGUCUUUGUCUCUCUAUCUGUGACAGUUUUUAUACAUUGUAUGAAGGUGUGAACCCUUAAAUGUGCCCUGACUCAGACUUUAACCUAAACUUAUCUUUUGCCUUGUGUCUCUGGUUUCUGAGGUUGUUUACCAUUUUAGCUUUUCACAUUUUAUCACACAUUGUUAUCAGUAUUUUUCCUGUUUGCCAACUGCACUGUAAAAGAUAUUUAAGGGCAUUUUGUUUUUUCACAUGCUAUGGUGAGCUACUAAAGGGAUGUCACACAAUUCAACCAAUGUUUUAGGUUAUUUUAAAUGUUUUCUUUGGGAAAACUGAAAUUAUUUUGAGUGGUAACCCUAUAUGUCAUGUUAUGUGAAAUUAUUUUAAGAAAAGGGAGAUGUGCCCAAUGUUUUUUGUUCAAAUGUAUUGCCUAACACCUGAAGUUAACUGAAGUUAAGUAAGAUGCCUUUUAAGAAUCCUGUGUACAAUAAGUUUGGAUUAAUUAUUAUAUUAUUUACAUUGAAAUUGGUGGGUCACAAUUGUUAGGUCUUAUUCCAAAGUAGACCAUAGAGAAUUGAACCUUUUCAGCAUAUUUGAAGUUUAAAUAUUGUUUUAAUGAUUCUCACUUAGUGAAUUUGUUUUUAAAAUAAGUGUGCCAAAAAUGUUGGACAAAAGGAAUAAUAGUUCUGUGAUAUGUGGGUUACAAUAAAAAUGAAUAUAUAUAACAAUAAUUAGGGAUGCACCAGCUUUUUUUCUUCUGAUACCGAUGUUGAUACUUUGCUGAUACUUUGACUUUAAGUCUCUGCCAACCCAUAGCGGUGCAGAAAAAAAAUGUCAAUAUCGGCGCUGAUAUCUGAUACCAGUAUAGGUUCUUUGCAUCCCUAAUAAUAAUAGCAUGCCACAAAACUGGAAACCCACCAGUUGUUAAUGUUUAAAAUGACUCACCAGUUUGUCCUUAUCAUGCUUAAAACUAUUUUGAAAUCCUAAAUUAGAAGAAGACAUCAUGAGACAGAAAAGCCAGUUUGAGCUACAGAUCUGAUAUGUUUGCACUCUGAUCUUUGUGACUGUUGUCUCAUCACUGCCGCACUUUAUACUUUAUUAAAUUACUGGUGAAUAAAAAAAAAAGUCCUGCACAAAUGAGCGGAGAAUAAUGCUUUUCAAUUGUAAUUAAUCCUUUUUUCUGUGUAAAUUAAAAUGUAAUUUAAUAAUAAAUAUAUCAAAUGUCUUUUUUUUCCAA